UAUUUUUUGACAAGAUAAUCCUCGAUUGAGGUUAUACCUUUGAACCGGAUAUUAAAUAAUAUAAUAUCUAUAAUAUUAACGAAAAUUAAACUAUUUUAGUUAAAAAUAAAUAUAUCCUAAAGAAAAUAGUCUAAUCUUUACAGCAAUCAAGUUCUCUACCGUAAUUUAUUUAGGCUGACAAUGCAGACUAUUAAAUGUGUAGUUGUUGGAGAUGGUGCAGUGGGUAAAACUUGUUUGCUUAUCUCGUACACAACCAACAAAUUUCCAUCAGAAUAUGUCCCGACUGUGUUUGACAAUUACGCCGUGACGGUAAUGAUAGGUGGAGAUCCUUACACUCUCGGCCUUUUUGAUACAGCUGGUCAAGAGGAUUAUGAUCGCCUACGGCCAUUAAGUUAUCCGCAAACUGACGUUUUUCUCGUUUGUUUUUCUGUUGUUUCACCGUCAUCGUUUGAAAAUGUCAAAGAAAAAUGGGUUCCUGAAAUAACUCAUCAUUGUCAAAGAACUCCUUUUCUAUUAGUUGGAACACAAGUUGAUUUACGAGAUGACGUUGCGACUAUUGAGAAACUUGCGAAAAAUAAACAAAAGCCAAUAUCUCCAGAGCAAGGAGAAAAAUUAGCAAAAGAAUUGAAGGCAGUCAAAUAUGUCGAGUGCAGUGCUCUUACACAGAAAGGAUUAAAAAAUGUAUUUGAUGAGGCAAUAUUAGCGGCUUUGGAACCACCAAAACCACCAAAAAAGACAAAGUGCUUUAUUCUGUAAAAAAAGCAUAGUCAAAAAUUUGAAGAAUUUUGUGUAAAUUGGAACGCACUAUGAGCCGCUCGAGUGAACGUAACAUUAUCGGACUCGUAAUGCGUUUAUCAUUUUGCAGUAUUGCGAUGAGGUAUCAAAACACUAAAACAUUCCGCAAAGUAAAAAAAAGAGAGCUCCUUAAAUAUCUGGUUUCUUGCAGUCCGGAAAGGAUUCAUUUACAUUCACAGAAUUAUCUAAUUUUUUCUAUAACCCUCUUAUUAAUUGCCUCAACAUAUAAAUUUUAAAAAAUUGUUUUAUUUUUCAAUAACAAUUUUUUAAAAAAUAUUUACAAUCAUUUUUAUUUUAUUUUUUAAAGAAAACGAAAUCUAUCGUUAAAUAUUUUUUUGAAAUGUAUUUAUUAAACAUGCAAGAUAGUAAUUUAUCUUUAAUUUUGUCAUCGAAUUAAUAAUUUGUAUUGUUUUUAGAAUAAUUAUAAUUAAAGAAAAUAAAAUAAUACUAUACGAGA